GAACACUCAUGUCAAUUCCACCUUAAAUGAAUGAAGCAGCCCAGACCUCGGAGAGAUGUUUCAGUUCCUUGAUCGUGGUUGUCGCCUCCGCUGGACCUGCUCCGGGACCGCCAUGUCCCUCUCGUCCUGAGGAGCGCAGAACUGGACAAAGCACUCCAGAUGUGCCUCAGCAGGGUGAGCAGAUGAGCAGGACAACACGGCUGGCCUCCGUGCGUUUGCCCUUGUUGUGUUUCGGAAGGUCCGAACCGAUCCAUGACGAUCUCCGCGGCGCGCUGGCCCCGCUGGCCCACACGGGAGCGGGCGGCAGUGCCCGCGGUCCUCCCGCCCGGCAGGGGGCGCGCAGCCGCCGAGCGCGCGGGCCGCUCCAGUACCGUGAGGGCUGCCGCAUGGCGGGGCCCGGCGGCGCGGCGGGGCCCGCGGCUUCCCGGGAGCUGCUGGACGUGCGGCACCGGCCAGGCCUGGAAGACAUUUUGCUGAUUAAUUCCAAGUGCAGCAGCAAGAAGGCCACAACUUUACAGACGGUUAAGGUGCCAAGGAGUGAUGUUUUGGACCGAGUACAGAGCUUUUUACCACAGAUGGCCCAGGCAAAUGAUGAGCUCAAAAGAAAAAUGGUAACAGCACCUGCUCAUCAGUUUGAUAUUGAACAUCUAGACAGUGAAACAGAAAAAGUUAUAGAAAUGAAUGUGGCUGUAGUUGAGCUGAGUGAUUCUGAUACAGAUGAAGAGUUGCUGACUUCAGAAGAUGACUCGGAAUCUGACGAAGAUGACUCUGUAACUGAUGAAGUGACAGUAGACAACAUUAAGUUUCCUAAACAAAAGGGAGAAAAGGGCAAAAUAGAAAUUUUGGACAGCAAAACAAAUGAGUAAAUCUAUUUUAUUUUACUUAAAAAAACCCCAAACCAACCAAAUCAUGUUUUCUCGCUUUGAAGAGUUGGCUCUUAAAACCACUUUGUUUCCCAGUGUAGCAUCUCUCAGGAUCCUGUGAAAUGCUAUAGUUUACAUGGUGGAGAUUUCAGGAUCCACUCAUGACUGGGAAAAGCUGGAUUUCAGAAGAAUUAAGUGUGAUUUGAUUCAUCAAAUAACAGGGAAAUGCACUUCAUAGUAGAUUACACCAAGAAAACAGCUAGAGUAAGGGGCACUUGAAAGUUAAAAAUUAUUUUUCUGUUGCUUUGUUGAAGAAAGACCUUUUUUUAUAGGAAGAUAGAAGGUUUUUCUUCAAGGGCAAGAAAGAGUUAACUAGGAAGAAAGCUUUGUUUUUAUAUUCCAUGUCCCGUGAAGAGUUUAUGGACUCUCUUCAAUAUUAAACAUGAUCUUUAAUAGCUCAAAGGUAUGCCUACAUUACAUUCAUGGCGGUGACUGCUGAACACCGGAGCUGUGGCUGAGCCUGGGUAAGGACAGCCAUGACCAGAGAGUUCAGCAAAGGGUUACUUACUCUGUGUGCCUGCACUGCGCUCCACACCAGCACAGGGAGGUUACAGGCCCAUGUGGGAAAUGUGUGUGGCUGUGGUGCAAACACCCACCAUACUCAAAGCAUCAAGGCUGCCUCUCGGGUGUUGUGAUAGCUUUAAGCUAGACUUUUCAUCCCCCAGUUCCCCUUCCAUGUUUAUAAUCUCCAUUUGUUAACAGCUGUCACUGACAGAAGGAUGUAAAGGUGAAUUUUCAGCUGGCCUGUAUUUAAGUAGGCUUGACACAAUUGUGAAACCAGAAUCAAUGAAAGUGUGUCCCAUUCACACAUUAACUCAGAUUGAUCAAAUACAAUGGUAUGGGCCAUUACAUUUACUUCAUAAAUCAGUUUGCAUUUCAGAAGUAUCUGUCAUGCUCCUGGGUAUCAUUGUUUCUUAAAGGAACUUUGUAUUUUCUACACCAUUAAAGUAAAAUUUUCUAUACUGUAUUUGCUCAAAUAUUAAACUUAAUGUCAUGACUUGAAACCUGCAGUUAUUUUUAGAAUUUAUUUUGAAUCCUGUGCAUAAAGUUCUAGUUUUAAUACCUGUUUCUGUAGUAUUUGUGGUAAGAAAUAGCAAGAAUUCUGGUCUUUCUUUUACAUUGUGGCCUAAAUGUAGGAUGGAGACAGGAUUUACUGAUUACACCAUGGAAUAUUUUAGUGAAGUGGAAGGAUGGGAAUCAAAGAAUCAGACUGCUACCUUAAAUAGCAGCCCACAAAAGCCGUAGUCAAAGCUUUGGGUGUUUUUGCAUUCUAAGAGCAAGGAGUCUUAACAGGCUUAGUUAAGUAAUGUCUCAAUCUAUAGAAAAUUUCUUCCAACCUGAAAAAAGUUUGAAAGCCAACAUCUGACCUUGGUCAUUUUACAAAGGAUUUUCCCACAGAUUAAAAAAAAACCCAAAAGUGAAAUACAAAGUAAUAAUCAUGCAGUACGAAACAGUGAUUACAGUCCAUGUGCACAGACACAAAAAGUGAUUUUAAUCCAUUAAUGUAACCACCUUUCAAAUUGCAGGCAGAUCACACAUUCUGUAUCAACAAAAAGGUAGAAAAUAUUUUCAGGAACUUUAGCUUUAUAUGCAUAGUUUAACACCAAUAUUGAACUCUGUAUUACUAUACAAAGAUCAUAGUAAGUGCACUUCCUUGCAUUGAUUUACUUCUUAUGGCACAAAGGUUUUCUGUACUGCUGAAAAGUCACCAGAGCAGAGUGUUUUAAUUGCUACUGUAAAACCUGAACUGGUUUAUAGCAAAAAUGGCAUCAUCAGUAUAUUUUAGUUCAGCUUUAGAAGACUAAUAACUAAGGAUUUAAAAUGAUCAUGUAAACAUGUAACAGAAAUAUGAAGUAGGUAUGUGAGAACUUAUUCUUCAGUUCUAUUUAAAA